AAACUUGUUUGCUGAACUCCUCUUCCAUUCCAAAGGUCUUAAGACUUUUCGGUAGCGCUUUCACGGCGACAAUGUCUCACCGGGAAAAAAAUAAAAAAGAUGAGCUCGAGAAACAGUACUCACCGAGCCAGUGGUCCCACAGAAUGUCCGCCGAUGCCGUGAUAAAAGCCCAUGUGGACGCGUUGAAAUCAGGUACAGAGAAGGCUCGCGCUCUUGCUCAGACCCUGGUGGAUGUCCCGUAUGGUGAAGCAGAUGAGGAGACACUGGAUGUUUAUGUACCGAACAGCUCCUCCCCCGAUGUGCCUCUGGUUGUUUACAUCCAUGGGGGCUACUGGCAGUUUCUGAGCAAGGAGGAGUCUGGUUUCAUGGCUGUCCCAUUGGCUCAGAAGGGGGUUGUGGUGGUUGCCGUUGGAUACAGCAUAGCCCCCAAAGGUAAUAUGGAUCUGAUGGUAUCGCAGGUCCGCAGAAGUGUGCUGGCAGUCAUUCAGCAGUAUUCGCAUAUCAGUGGGCUCUACCUGUGUGGUCAUUCUGCAGGUGCACACCUGGCAGCUAUGGUUCUCGCUACUGAUUGGUCAGAGUACGGCAUAUCCCCUCAAAUAAAAGGAGCAUUUCUUGUAAGUGGCAUUUAUGACCUGCUGCCUAUCCUGUCCACCUAUGUCAAUGAGCCGUUGAAGAUGACAAAGGAGGUGGCUAUUAGGAACAGCCCAAGUCAGCUUGUGCCACAGGUCAGGGCUUCCUCCUCUGCCUGUGAGAUUGUUGUCGCUGUGGCGCAGAAUGACUCCCCUGAGUUUCGGAAGCAGUCAGAAGACUACUUCAAGUCUCUGGAAGCUGCCGGACUAAAGGUCACAUUUGAAGAUGUGCCCGACACAGAUCAUUUCAACAUCAUCGAGCAGCUUGUGGAUGAAAACUACCACCUUACACAGCUCCUGCUGAAGAUGAUGGGAAAGAGCUGAGGAGAUGUCACUGGUCUUCUCAACUUGGAGCAUGGUCUUAUUUUAAUACAGUGUCAAUUACCCCAAAAACAGAUUUUUGUUUUUGCCUGGUUUGUGUUAUAUGAGCAGUGACCGCCUUAUCUAUGCCAAACUGAUCAGUCAAUCAGUAAACAGUCAAUCAACUUAUUUACAGUCACUCAAUAAACUAAAACCUGUUUAUGUUGCUAAGGGGUUAAAGAACAGAGCAGGGCUCCCACAAUCUGUAGUGUUAUUGAUGUGACUAAUAUUUACUGUCAAUCCAUGCACUUAAACCGUUCUGCUUUUAAAAUGUUUCAAUUCUUGCAUUUUUUUCACCCAUGAUUUGUGAUUAUCUUGUGCAGCAGUCAAGCACUGAGUUCACAGAUAAAUGUAGCAAACACAUUUAAUCUGCAUAACAGUUGCAGUUUGCAGGAAUUUCCCGUGUUGACAUUUAUUUUUUAAACUCCUUCAAAUUAUUAGAGACACUGUUGAGGUCUGUCUAAUUGCCCAAAUUAAUUAUACUACUGCAGAUUUAGCAAAUAAAAUGGCACAAAGGUAGCAAGUAAAGUAAGUUUGGUCUUGAUGUUUCUCAAAUAUUAAUGUGCAGUCUAGAGGCCUAACGUUUAUAACUUUUAAGUAUGACUGCGGUAAUAAAAACGCUGAUGUCAAACAUU